AUGUCGUACGCGCCUAAGCGAAAAACUGACGGCGGGUCUGAUCGGCCCGCAAAAUUAGCGACGAGACCACGACAACCGGCCUUUCACAAUUUGAGGGAAAAAUAUCCCACGGUGGAAAAACUGGAGGAACACCUGAAGAGCUUGUCACGCCCGGCGGUAGAGGCUCUCAUCCUCUCUGGGGCAUUCCCGGAGGUAAUCGAUCAGUCAAUCAAUCAUCCUUCCACCAAUUCUUUGGGAAAGGAACCGUAACUAACAAGCCCUAGGCCGCCUCGGACCUCCGUCAUUGCGUUUACUGUCAUAAAACCUUCCACAGACUGGCCAACGGAGGCGGCUGCGCCGUCACACACUUUAUAGAAGAACCCUACGAGUUCGGCGACGAGAACGAGACGCAAGAAUUCCUGUGCUGCGGCGCCAGAAUAUGUUACUUGGAAUUCGAGGAGCAUGAGGAUGAUCCUGCCGACAUGUACCCGUAUUGUUACCAGGGACGACAUUGGGAGGCGGAAAUCACAACGGAUGACGAGAGGGAGGCCUUGAAGCAGAACGAAGCGGACGAGAUGAUUCCCGACGAUAACCCACCGAGGAGGGGCUCGAGACCGGUUUGGUGGCGGGGAUGGAGGGAGAAUGGGAUGAGUUGUGAGAAGAUGAAGUGUAGGGAGGUUCAGAGGUAG